AGCAGCAGCAGCGAAAGUGACUGUGUGCGUACAUGGAGGAGACACUGGUGCUCUCCACUUCCCCAGCCGUCUGCACAGCUCUGCCGCGGGACCAGUGAGAGGAGCGACCCUCUGCACCAUGGCCCAGACUUUGAGGCUGUUUGCGGGUUGUUCGUUGUGGAUGUUGUCGCUCCUGUCCUCCGGGGCGGGAGGGACGCGCAGCCCGGACAGAGUUUACUAUGUGGGGAUCAUUGAGGAAGCGUGGGACUAUGCUCCAAGUGGCAAAAAUCUGCUCAACGGGAAACUGGUCGAAAAUGACGAGCAUGCGGCUGUGUUCCUGGAAAAAGAACCCCACCGAAUGGGCAGCGUUUAUAAGAAGGCCAUGUUCCGGCAGUACACGGACGCCACAUACAGCACACAGGCUCCCCGGCCGGAGUGGUUGGGCUUCCUGGGGCCGAUCCUGCGCGCGGAGGUCGAUGAGGUUAUCACGAUCCACAUGAAGAACUUUGCAUCCAGGGGCUAUUCUAUGCAUCCCCAUGGAGUCUUCUAUGAUAAGAAAUCAGAGGGGGCGCUCUAUCCAGAUGGGACGUCAAGCAGGUUAAAGGAGGAUGACACCGUUCCCCCACAAGGCAGCUACACCUACCGCUGGGAGGUCAGGCCAGAAUUUGCCCCGACGGAUGAUGAUGCUAACUGCCUGACCUGGGCCUACCACUCUCACGUAGACGCUCCUAAGGACAUUGCCUCUGGACUUAUCGGGCCUCUGCUCACCUGCAAGAAAGGAACCUUGAAGGAGACAAAUCCAGAAUCCGUCACAGACUCAGCCCGCAAUGAUGUGGACCAGGACGUCUUCCUGAUGUUCAACAUAGUGGACGAGAACCUGAGCUGGUACCUGGAGGACAACAUUAACAGCCUCUCGGAUCCAGAUGGAGUCGUAGAGGACGAAGACUUCCAUGAGUCAAACCUGAUGCACGCAAUUAACGGCUACAUGUUUGGUAACUUGCCCGGGAUCAAAUUGUGCCAGGACCGUGCAGUAGCCUGGCAUUUGUUCGGCAUGGGCAACGAAGUUGACAUUCACACAGCCUUUUUCCAUGGGAACACGUUGCUCGACCGUGGCCACCGCACAGACGUCCUCAGCCUGUUCCCCGCCACGUUUGCUACCGCUCAGAUGGUCCCGAGAGCAAGAGGGAAGUGGCUGCUGACCUGCCAGGUUAAUGACCACCUUCAGGCCGGGAUGCAGGCCUUUUAUGAAGUGAGGUCAUGUGGCAGUGAGGCCAGCACUGCAGUGCCGGGCGGCACCGAGAGGAAUUUCUACCUGGCAGCAGAAAAGCUCCUGUGGAGCUAUGCUCCCUCUGGAAAGGACCUGAUCAACAACGUGUCCCUCACCGAGGCUGACAGUGCAUCAGAGAUGUUUUUUGGCAGAGAGGGUGGGAGGAUCGGGGGUCAAUACAUGAAGGUGAUCUACAAGGAGUACACAGACAGUACCUUCACCGUUGUAAAACCAUCUGAUCCUGGACAUUUAGGAAUCCUUGGUCCAGUCCUGCGGGCAGAGGAAGGAGACACUAUCAAAGUGACGUUCAUGAACAAGGCUGAUAGAAGUUACAGCAUCCAGCCUCACGGCGUGCACUAUGACAAACGCUCCCAGGGAGCCAGCUAUCAGGACGGUGUUGACAAGCCCGGCUCCCACGUUGGCCCAGGUGAGCGCUUUGUCUACACCUGGCAGGUCCUCGAGGGUCCGUCUCCAUCGGACUCCCCCUGUAUCCCCUACCUGUACUACUCCGCCACUGAUCCCGCAGUGGACACCAACUCUGGGCUCGUGGGACCUCUGCUCGUGUGUAAGAGAGGAGCGCUGACGGAGAGUGGAACCAGGAAAGAUGUGGACAAGGAGUUCUUCUUGCUCUUCUCUGUCAUGGAUGAAAACAUGAGCUGGUACUUGGAGGAGAAUAUUCAAAAAUUUGGCAGCAAAGACUCAAAUAGAUAUGAUGAGGACUUCGUCGAGAGCAAUAACAUGCACGCUGUGAACGGACGCAUGUACGGGAACCUUGCGGGACUGGAGAUGUGCGCCGGGGACAAGGUUUGGUGGUACACCUUCGGCCUGGGGACAGAGGUGGACAUUCAUGGUGUUUAUUUCGAAGGGAACACCUUCAACAAGCAGAGCACAACACGUGACACUGUCAGCGUGUUCCCUCACAUCACUGCCAGUGUCUCCAUGCAGCCCAACACCCCUGGUGUGUAUGAAGUGAGCUGCAGAGUGACUGACCACUACUCAGCUGGCAUGAGGCAGCAGUACAGAGUCAACUAUUGCCCAAGACGUCAGGUGAAGCACACCCACACCCACACCCAGCCAACUAAGAUUGUGGAGUAUUUCAUCAGUGCUGAAGAAAUCGAGUGGGAUUACUCACCCGAGAGAACCUGGGAGCUGGAGAAGCACCAGGCCACAUCACAGGACAGUCCAGGCAGCAUUUUUGUGGAGAAAGGGCCAGACAGAAUAGGAUCACGCUAUAAGAAGGUGGUGUACAGAGAAUACACGGACGAGACCUUCAGGGUUCAGAAGAAACGGCUGCCAAGUCAACAGCACCUGGAAAUUAUGGGACCAAUCAUCAAAGCAGAAGUAGGAGAGCAGAUUGUGAUCUCGUUCAUGAACAAAGCCAGUCGUGAAUACUCGAUCGCUGCACAUGGAGUCAGAGCCAGUGGCGUGCACAUUCCUGUCAAACCUGGUCACAUACUGGAGUUGACCUGGGAUGUUCCUGUGCGCUCUGGUCCAGGGCUCUCGGAUCCUAACUGCAUCUCUUACGCCUACUACUCCACUGUUCAUUUCAUUAAGGAUCUGUACAGUGGUCUGUUGGGGCCUCUGGUGAUAUGCAGGCCCGGGACACUGCAGCGCGGUGAGGGGCCCGACAGACAGAGGGCUGAUGUGGAGAAGGAGUUUGCUCUGCUCUUUAUGGUGCAUGAUGAAAACCAGUCCUGGUACCUGGAGGAGAACAUCAGGACGUACCUCGGGGUCGACCCCGAUACCUUCACCGGCGAUGAUGAAUUUGAUGAAAGUAACAUGAUGCACGGGAUCAAUGGUAAGCUGUACGGUAACCUCCAUGGACUGGUGAUGAGGCAGGGCCAGAAGGUCGACUGGUAUCUACUGGGAAUGGGCAACGAAGUGGACAUGCACACCGUUCACUUCCAUGCUGAGACUUUCACCUACAAGACGGACCGUGUCCACCGUGCAGACGUCUUUGACCUCUUCCCCGGGACUUUCCAGACUGUGGAGAUGAUGGCCGGGAUCCCAGGGACUUGGUUACUCCACUGUCACGUGACUGAUCACAUCCGAGCCGGCAUGGAGACCACCAUCACCAUCGAAGAAAACUCCUCACACGCACCAGAAACGAAAGGCUCCACACAGACGCUGCUGCUCCUGCUCAUACUCUGUUUCCUGGCUGUAGGUGAACUGCACUGAUGAGAGGACACUGGACUGUGUGUAACCACCAUAAACCAUUGCACAAUUCCAGGGACAGAAAUCACUGUUGGUGUGUUUGCUGGAGAAUAUGAACUCUAUGUAAAUAUCAAACACUGAUCAGACCAGUUAAGAUUUAUCUGCGACUGUGCAAUCGUGAUAAAAGCUCGGGAUCGUUUUAUUUGUUAGGACUGAAAUUUUUUUUGUUUGACUUAAUACUAUUCUGUGGGUUUUUUCUAAGUUUUUUCUGUUUUCUGACAUGUUGCACUGUGUUUGAGCAAAGGCCUGCGUUACCAAAUAUUUUAAUACAGUUUUGAAUGAGCAAUAAACAAUAUUGUUUUAUAUGUG